GCCCGGCCGGUGCUCGCUGCCUCCGCCCGCCCGCCAUGAACUCCCUGGACCAGGCUGAGGAUCUCAAAGCUUUUGAAAGAAGACUUACUGAAUAUAUUUCAUGUUUGCAACCAGCUACAGGACGUUGGAGAAUGAUUCUGAUAGUGGUAUCAGUCUGCACAGCAACUGGUGCUUGGAACUGGCUAAUAGACCCGGAGACACAAAAGGUGUCAUUUUUCACAUCGCUUUGGAAUCACCCAUUUUUCACAAUUAGCUGUAUUACCCUAAUUGGCUUGUUCUUUGCUGGAAUACAUAAAAGAGUGGUGGCACCAUCAAUUAUAGCAGCCCGAUGUCGAACUGUUUUGGCAGAAUAUAAUAUGUCCUGUGACGAUACUGGAAAAUUAAUUUUGAAACCUAGGCCUCAUGUUCAAUAAGGGCUGUCUUCCUUCAGUUUUUUCCACUGCCAUGGAAACCAAAAAUGACCUUUUUUUAAGGUAGUAUGAGAACAAAAAAACAAACAGGACUGGUUGUCACUGCCUGGGAGUGAAAGUCUUAUACAGUUGACAGUGAAAGUGUGCAAUAUUACUUUCUUGAAUAUUUAUCCAAAUUCUUUGUUAUCAUAUUAUCAGUGCUUUUGCUACUUCUGAUUACCUCUUUUUCAGUAUUAGUGUCACUUUUUUACUUCAGCUAGAACAGAACAUACAGGUGAAGUAUGUUAAUCGGCUAUGAAGUUGAACUUGAAAAUCAAACCUCGUUUGUGUUACGUGUCUUUGUAAGCUAUUGUAAAUAGCAGAUCGAUGCCAAUGUUCAGGAAAAGAAGUAAUAAUUUGCUGUAUGGAUUUUUUUUUUUUCUCAUGAACAGUAUUGACAGGAACACUUACCAUUCCCAUGAUGUUGUAUUAGCACACUUACUCAUUACAGCUGUCCUUGUCUCCUGGUCAUUCUUUUUGGAACUGGUUAAAAGGCUUGCAGAAAGAC